AUGCCUGCUUACAGCGAGGCUGAUGAGGGGAGUGGAGAUAGCGGUGUCAUGGCUCCAAAUGGCCCAAGCAAAGACGCCGUGAAGAAGCUAGACCAGAUCAUACAGAAUUUCCAUACAAAAGCAGCCAUUGUCAUCCUACAGUCGCGGAUGCCCCUCCCCGUUAUGAUUACAAAAGAUGGAACCAAGAAAGUCAACAAGUGGUUCCAAAUAGAGACGGACGAUACCACUGCCUUUCGAGAAGAGUUGAGCUUAUGGAGGAACUGUGGCGGAUUUCAAAAUCGCCCUCCUCCGUUAAUAGUGGAAACAUACCUCGAUGCUUCGGAUUUGACGAGUAGCCAGAGUUUAGUCAUUGUGGAUGAUCAAGGAAAACGAUGGGAUGUCUUGGAGGCGUUGAAUGCUUCAAGUGGACCCAGCGAUGGGGGGUCGCGUCCUCGCAAACGAAACAGUCAAGUCGUGUUGGAACGCUGGAAGAUUGAGCUUCAAGAUAAUAUGGGGGAACCUACAUACGACUUCGGUUCCGCGUUACCUACCAUCUACAAGAAGUGCAUUGUCUUCUUCCGUUCCUUGUAUGCGACGGCUAAAUUCGUGCCCGCAUGGAGAUUCGUAAAGGGCUUGGCGAAGAACGGAUCUUCAAAUAGUUCGUUGCGGGUGAAUUGUCGUAUAUUUGCGGGCAAUGUGCAACCAUCUCGAUUUGACGCGCUUACCCAUCCUCUAUAUGAAAGUGGAAGUCCUGUUACAACGGAUUACUUCCUUGGGACGUCGGAUACCCCUGCAGGACAAUUUUCUGCCGAAGUCUCCUAUCGGAACGACUGUAACUUUCGCGUCGACGACUCCGAAGCUUUGCUAAGCUCAAGAUUUAUGGGUGCUGAUGAGCAAUUCUUUCAACCUUCCUUAGACACUAAUCGCCGUCGAGCCUCGAGGGCCGCGGAGAUAGGCUCUCUACCUGCACAUCGACAGCGCGCUGAGCACACAGAGCCAAUCCAGGCAUAUGGAAGCUUGUCUACUUUCCAUGGCGACGCUCCUCCUCGAGCUUCAAGUCCCAUAUCGGCCCUUCGGGCAAUCAAGGUCGGAUCCGAUACGAAUUCGUCGCCUAUGAGCUCCUUACCCCAGACUAGACCCAUGCAGACCUCCAGGGCUUCCUUAAGGUCAUUAGAGGGUAUCACAAUGGCAAGGAGACCUUCUGUGUCUUUUCAGCCAUUCAAGGCAGGUUCACUCUCGUCAUCGCCGGGGCGGGGGACCUUUUCACAGCAAGCUGGUGAAACGUCCCCACAAUCACUUCCACGAUCAUCUGGCACAAGUGGGUUAGCUCAAGGACGAAAUCGCUCGUCCCUCACGGCUGGUAUGCCAGCCUCAUUGAGAGGCGGGCCAGUUGUGCCUGAAAAUGUAACCACACCUUCAUCGAGCUCACCAAAACCUGCACCAAUAAGCAGGUAUAGCAGUAGCUUUACCCACAGGCGAGGUAGAUCCUCGUUCGGUGGCGCCAGCAAGCUUGUCGAUGAUGAUCAAGGCAGUAGUGGCAAGCAAAGUUUGUCAUCCUCCGUUGCGCAACCGGGCUCUGGCAUUCUCACCGAAGGGGGUGCUGCGGCCAGCUUAGGCUCCCUACAAGCUGAUGACGAUAACAUAUCUGAGUUUUUGAAAUUGCUGGACAGUAAAAAGACUCUGCAGAGCUUUGAGCCUUCAGGUGAAGCAUCUAAGAAAAGGACCAGUGCUCAGCUCUUGAAGUUUCAGUCUAUGCGUGAAUCGAACAACGCUUUGACUGAAUCAAUGUCGUCGUCAACACUGUUGCAUCGAUCAUCAACCUCGUCAAGUCGGCAACUCUCAAGUGUCCCCCCAAUGGUCGCUGCGACUUCAAUGUCAACAUCAUCGUCUCCCGGAAAGCCAGUCUCACCCCACACUCCCCAUACGCCAGCCAUACCAUCACGCUUGAGUGCGAAUUCCGUAGUCGAGUAUUCUGCGCCUCGUAGAGCUAGUCAGCACAGCAGGCCAGACCCUGAGUCUAGGCUCGAGGAUGUUGCAGAUAAUGACCAGACGAACGAGCUUGGUACUAAUGCUAUCGACAUACCAACUUCGCCGAGGCCCUACUAUCCACACAAUAGGCGCUCAAGCUCCGUUGCACAACAGCAUAGAAGUCUAGCUGUUGAGGAUGACUUGGGGGAUCUCCAGUUUGGCGUCCACCGAAGUAUUAGCCUGGGAGCCGAUGACCGGGAGCCGCCAAGCUUAAGUGCCCUCCUUAGUCUUGGUCAGGCAUCGGAGAACGUAGCAUCGGCCUCUCCAACCCACCUCCUACAACCCGCACCUCAUAUAUCAGAAUCGCCAGCCGCAAUGUCUCGUCAGCCCUCAUCGUCACUCGAAGCAAAUGAGUCAGAAGCACCUCAAAUACCCCGCGGACUCUCUGGUGGUUCCACAAACUCGCCUUAUCGACCAAGACUAGGUCGGAUGGCAGGGCGUGGUGUCACACCACCUCAGGCCGGCUCUUACUCAAGCUUGUUGGAGAGGGCUGGUGGAAGUGGAACAAGUGAGAGAGCGGGUGGUAGACAUAGUUUCACCAGGACUGCUGGAGCUUACGACCCGGAUGAUGAGCCGUUGCUCUUCGACAUGAGUGAAAUUGGCCGGGAUGUUUCGAGGAGGAGUCUCGAGGAGCCUCGAGGUGGCGGUAACGCAGGAGCGGGUGCCAACGUCAAUGAGAGAGGCGGCUUCGAAUCUGGCAGAGGCGGGGAAUCUGGUUCCAGCAACCGCCGAGGCAGUCGGAGAGGCUGGUAA